AUGAUCCACACUCUUAUAACACACAUCAUUAACCCCCUUACACUCAUUGUACCAGUCCUUCUAGCCGUCGCCUUUCUCACCCUUCUUGAACGAAAAGUGCUCGGCUACAUACAACUGCGAAAAGGCCCUAACAUUGUAGGGCCUUAUGGCCUCCUACAGCCCAUCGCUGAUGGUAUUAAACUCUUCAUUAAAGAGCCUAUUCGACCCUCUACCUCAUCCCCAAUCCUAUUUAUUAUUACCCCUAUGUUAGCCCUCACACUCGCCCUAACAUUAUGAGCACCAAUACCCCUACCCUACCCCCUCAUUGACCUUAACCUCAGUAUCUUAUUUAUCCUGGCCCUCUCCAGCCUCGCCGUCUACUCAAUCCUCGGCUCAGGUUGAGCAUCUAACUCAAAAUAUGCACUUAUCGGGGCCCUCCGGGCCGUCGCCCAAACCAUUUCAUAUGAAGUUAGCCUAGGCUUAAUUCUAUUAUGCACCAUCAUCUUCACAGGAGGCUUCACCCUUCAAACCUUCAACACCGCCCAAGAGAGCAUCUGACUAAUUCUUCCAGCUUGACCUCUGGCCGCAAUAUGGUAUAUCUCCACACUGGCAGAGACCAACCGGGCUCCAUUCGACCUCACUGAAGGUGAGUCCGAGCUCGUCUCAGGCUUCAAUGUAGAAUACGCAGGGGGCCCAUUCGCCCUAUUUUUCCUAGCAGAGUACGCUAAUAUUCUACUUAUAAAUACACUCUCCGCCACCCUGUUCUUAGGUGCCUCCCAUAUUCCGACCAUUCCCGAACUAACCGCCAUAAACAUUAUAACCAAAGCAGCCCUUCUCUCUGUUCUCUUCCUAUGGGUGCGAGCCUCAUACCCCCGAUUCCGAUACGACCAACUUAUGCAUUUAAUCUGAAAAAACUUUCUCCCAUUAACACUUGCGCUGGUUAUUUGACACCUAGCACUCCCCAUUGCACUUGCCGGCCUACCUCCUCAGGCCUAG